AUGAAUUCUCUUCUUGAGCCGGAGCCGGUGCCGGUGCCGGACGAACCCGUGCCCCUCGUAAAAUACGAAAAGGGUAAUACAGGUGUCUUUUGGAACGUGGAGGAUUAUCCAAUCGAUGAUCGUCUAGAUUCUGAAUCUCUUUAUCAAAAGAUGAAAGAAGAUCUUCGCAAGGAGGGUUAUCUUGGGGAUUUGUCAAUCCAUUUGUUCUUUUGUAAGGAUAGAAUUCCGGCAAGAUAUCUUGGGGAUGAGCAAAUCAAAAUCCACGUCAUACCCGACAAGGUUAAAAAAAGUGCUAGACAGUAUGCCAUGGCAGUGCACGUUCUUCUUUGGGCAGCGCGACAUCGUCCCCGAUCAUCAAAUAUAUUACUACUCUCCAAAAACCUAGAAGAAAUCUCUGUUUGCGACUUUGAAAGUUUGUAUAAUCAAGAUUAUGGUGUUGUCAUAUCUGAUCCUGACCCACGUUGGUAUCUUCCCCUUGAAAGCUCAACCCUGCUUUUUCCAAGCCUGUUAACUCUAGAAAAUCUUAAGCGGAAGCCUGAGGAAGAGGAAAACUUGCAGUCGAAAAGGCGCAGCAUUACUCUUGCUGGCUAA